CCGACAUCAACCGACAGUCACACAGACAGGCAGGCAGACAGACAGGGAGAGAGACAGACAGGUCUCCGGGUGUCAGGUAGGGUUUGAACCGGGACUCGGUCUCUUCGUGUCACUGAGGGGGCGGGGACGGCUCCACUGAUUCAUACAUGAAGACAAAGACACAGACAGACAGAGACACAGACAGAGAGACAGACAGAGAGACAGACAGAGAGACAGACAGACGCUAUGAGCAGAGGCACGCGCCGCUGGACCGGCGCGCACGAGCUCAGGUGAGGCAGCUUGUGAUUGGUUGUCGUUAUGGCGCCCCGGCCAUCGUCAGGGGAACUGUGGGGGCUCCAUCUGAUGCCCCCCCGCAUCCAUGUGGACUGCUGCCUGCCCAAUGGGAUGAUGGUGAGUCUCGAGUGUCUCAGGGAAACUCCGCUCAUCAGCAUCAAGCAGCAGCUCUUCACUGAGGCCAGGAAAUAUCCACUGUACCACUUACUGCAGGAGGAGUCUUGUUACAUUUUUGUGGGCGUGACCCAGGAGGCGGAGAGGGAGGAGUUUUACGAUGAAAUGAGGCGGCUCUGUGACCUCCGACUGUUUCACCCGAUCCUGAAGGUCAUCGAGCCGCUGGGCAACCGGGAGGAGAAGAUCUUGAACCGAGAGAUAGGAUUUGCCAUCGGGAUGCCCGUGUGCGAGUUCGAGAUGAUGAAGGACCCGGAGAUUCAGGACUUCCGGCGUUCGAUACUGAGCGUGUGCCGAGAGGCCAUGGAGGAGCGGGAGGGGGGCGGGGCCCACAGCCAGGCACUCUAUGUUUAUCCUCCCAACGUGGAGUCCAGCCCACAGCUCCCACAGCACAUCUACAGCAAACUGGACAAAGGGAGGCUGAUUGUUACCAUCUGGGUGAUUGUGUCUCCUUCCAACUCCAAACAGAAAUACACCCUGAAGGUGAGUCACGACAGUUUACCUGAGCAGCUGAUCGCUGAGUCCAUCAGGAAGAAAAGUCGAUCUAUGCAUCUUUCACCUCAACAGCUUCGCCUCUGUGUCCAGGAAUACCAGGGCCAGUACAUCCUGAAGGUGUGUGGCUGUGAUGAGUACCUGUUGGAGACGUUUCCUCUCAGUCAGUACAAGUACAUCCGGUCCUGUAUCACGGUGGGACGUCUCCCUCACCUGAUGCUCGUCUCUAAAGACAGCCUCUACUCUCAGUUACCUGCCUCUGGCUUCGUCACACCUUCCUACAGUCGUCGGACUCCUCAGCCGUCUCCCUGUCCAGGAGGGGGCGAUGGUUCUCCUCCUCGCUCCCUGUGGGCCUUCAACACUCUGCUGAGGGUCCGGCUGCUCUGUGCCACCUACGUCAACGUCAACAUCCGCGACAUCGACAAGAUCUAUGUCAGGACGGGUAUAUAUCACGGGGGUGAACCGCUCUGUGCCAACGUCAACACACAGAGAGUUCCGUGCUCCAACCCCAGGUGGAAUGAGUGGCUGACCUAUGACAUCUACCUGGCUGACUUACCGCGCUGUGCCCGACUCUGCCUGUCGAUCUGCUCUGUGAAGGGAAGGAAAGGAGCUAAGGAGGAACACUGUCCUCUGGCCUGGGGGAACGUGAACCUGUUUGACUAUAAGGACGUUCUGGUUUCGGGUAAAGUGGCUCUGAGUCUCUGGCCUGUUCCUCACGGCCUCGAGGAUCUACUUAAUCCCAUCGGAGUUGCUGGUUCAAAUCCCAACAAAGAGACGCCCUGUGUCGAACUCGAGUUCUCUUGGUUCAACCAGACGGUCGUUUUCCCUGAUGAGCAGCAGAUUGAAGAACACGCCAACUGGACCAUCAGCCGAGAGCUGGGCUACAACUACUGCCACGGACUGAGCAGUCGUCUGGCCUGUGACAGCAGUGUUUCCUCAGGCGAGGCUGAACAGCUCCGCUGUCUUUGUUCUAAAGAUCCUCUGUAUGAGCUCUCAGAGCAGGAGAAGGACUUCCUCUGGAGACACAGACAUUACUGUGUCAAAAUCCCAGAGUCUCUUCCGAAGCUUCUUCUGUCCGUCAAGUGGAACUCCAGAGACGAAGUAUCACAGAUGUACUGCUUGUUGAAGGAGUGGCCCCUGAUGGAGCCGGAGUCCGCUCUGGAGCUGUUGGACUGUAACUUUCCUGACCCGAUGAUCAGAGAGUUCGCUCUGCGCUGUCUGGUGAAAGGCCUGACGGACGAUAAGCUGUCACAGUACCUGCUGCAGCUGGUCCAGGUGUUGAAGUACGAGAUGUACCUGGACAAUCCUCUUGCACGUUUCCUGAUCAAGAAAGCUCUGACCAAUCAGAGAAUUGGUCACUUUUUCUUCUGGCAUCUCAAGUCAGAGAUGCACAACAAGACGGUGUCUCGUCGCUUCGGUCUGCUGCUGGAAGCUUUCUGCAGAGCCUGUGGGAUGUACCUGAAACAUCUGAACAGACAAGUGGAGGCCAUGGACAAGCUGGUGAACCUGACGGACACAUUGAAACAAGAAAAGAAGGACGAGACACAGAAAACCCAGAUGAAGUUCCUGGUCGAACACAUGUCUCGACCUGAUUACAUGGAGGCUCUGCAGGGAUUUGUGUCUCCUCUGAACCCUGUUCACCAGUUGGGAAACCUCAGGCUGGAGGAGUGUCGGAUCAUGUCCUCAGCAAAGCGCCCCCUGUGGUUGAACUGGGAGAACCCUGAUAUCAUGUCCGAGCUGCUUUUCACCAACAACGAAAUCAUCUUUAAGAAUGGAGACGACCUGCGUCAGGACAUGUUGACUCUGCAGAUCAUUAAGAUCAUGGAGAACAUCUGGCAGAAUCAGGGCCUGGACCUGCGCAUGCUGCCGUACGGCUGCCUGUCCAUUGGAGACUGUGUCGGUCUGAUCGAGGUGGUGAAGAACAGUUUCACCAUCAUGCAGAUCCAGUGUAAAGGAGGCCUGAAGGGGGCGCUGCAGUUCAACUCCAACACGCUGCACCACUGGAUCAAAGACAAGAACCGAGGAGAGGCGUAUGACCGAGCCAUCGACCUCUUCACCAGGUCGUGUGCAGGUUACUGUGUCGCCACCUUCAUCCUGGGAAUCGGAGACAGACACAACUCCAACAUCAUGGUGAAGGAGAACGGACAGCUGUUCCACAUUGACUUCGGUCACUUCCUGGAUCAUAAGAAGAAGAAGUUUGGGUAUAAGCGGGAGCGUGUCCCCUUCGUCCUGACGCAGGACUUCCUCAUCGUCAUCAGUAAAGGAAUCCAGGAGUCGACAAAGACCAAGGAGUUCGACAGGUUCCAGGAAAUGUGUUACAAAGCUUAUCUGGCCAUCCGUCAGCACGCCAGCCUCUUCAUCAACCUCUUCUCCCUCCUCCUCGGCUGCGGGAUGCCUGAACUGCAGAGCUUUGAUGACAUCGCCUACCUGAGGAAGACCCUCGCUCUGGAGAAGAGCCAGCAGGAGGCGCUGGAGUAUUUCACCAAGCAGAUGAACGAUGCUCAUCACGGAGGCUGGAGCACGAAGAUGGACUGGAUCUUCCACACCAUCAGACACAUGCCCAACGAACACUGAGUGUACAUGUGUGUGUAUAUAAUGUUAAUUUAUAUACAACAUACACUCAUACGACACGUUACUGCACUAUCGUCUUUGACGGUUAUGAAACGUGAUGAAGUUCAAACGUCACAAUGAUGUGUUGCUAGGAUGGUUGUCAUGGCAACGUGAAUCUCAGGGUAGGAGGCGUGGCUAAAGAAGGGGGGGGGGAUUUGACGUCUUCCAGUCGGUGCCACAGUUAGCAUGUUAGCUCUGCUAGCUCAACACAGAGAGGUUUUUUAGCUGUAGCGUAUGAAUCAAUCUUUAUUGAGAAACUGUGACUUUAUGAACCAGCUUUAUUGAAACCAGCAGAAUGAACACUGGUCACUUUCAGAGCAAUAUUACCCAAGUUAUUGAUCAAUAUUUAUGACAAUCAGGAGUUGUGACCAAUAGGAAAGCUGUGUUGAACAGCUGUGGGCGGAGACAAUAUGAUGAGGUCAGACCAAACUCACCAAUUUCACGUAAAGAUCAGAAAGGGUUGUUUUUAUUUACUGCUCAUUUAAAUAUUAAUAAAACAAUAUUAAUGUGAAUCUGUCUAAUCUAAUCAUUAAUUAUCAAAAAUUUGUCACAUUUUCUCUCAAAACUUUAUUUCAAAUUAAACAUUUUAUUUAGAAAGAUUUCUUGUCUCAAAAACUUUUCUUUCUUUAAUUACUGAUUGAUAUUGGAAUAUUUUUCAUAAAUUAUGGUAGUUAUAUAAUUUCCUAAUAUCUUUAUAAAAUCUGAGAACUUUUUCAUCUAUAAAAUAAGUUUCUCAACAGAUUACUUCAUAUUUUGGUAAGUUUUGACUGAAUCAACAUAUAUCGUUGAGUUUUAUCAGGGAUCAGAGUCUAACGACAAUCACGACCAAUCAGCUGCUUGUUAUUCUUCUGAUAAGCAAUGCUAGGCUAGUUAGCAUUGGUUCACUCUAAUUCACAGGUAGUUAUUUGUUAGCUAAACUAUUGCACUGGAACAAUGAAUAGUAGUAAGUAGCUUUGGAGAGCGUAGCAUAGAAUAACUGGUUCCCUGCCCUAUCAGCCUUUGGGGGUGGGGCCAGUUUGAGGGUUUGUUUCUGCUCAGGUCAGAGGUCAGUAUAUGCCCCGCCCACUCUGUCAGUAACCAUGACAAUAGAUUCAGCAACCUGAGCCAUGCGGAUCCACUUAUUGAUUAAUGACAUCAUCAUCUGUUUGUCAUAGUGACUGAAGUGAGCAGAUAUGAUGUGUUUGUUUCCAUGUGAUCAAUAUUGUUGAUUGUUUUGUAAACUGAUGAAUUGAUGAUUGAUGUAAUGAACAAGGAACGUUUCUUAAUGUCUACUGAUGAUUUGUUAUAAAUACUGAUGCUGUGGAUCCUCACUGAGGAGAUUUUAUUCAAAAGAUAUAAAAUAUAAAACUA